AUGGGCAGACAUGCCGAGGUGGAGAAAGCGCUGUUCCAUUUCGUGCUCGACACUCAAAGUAAAGUCACGUUGACCGACUUCAUCCUCCACCAGAAGGCCAAUCAACUGCUCGAGGACGCAGGUGUCACGACGACCAUCUCGCUUUCGUAG